UGAUGCUCGAAUUUAUCUGGACCUGUAAAUGGACAGCGUUAAGCAAGGCGAUGUGUCGCAGAAGGAUCCAUAGCGAGUGCUGUUACGCGUAACUUUUCCCCACCAUCCUCCCAAUUUCUUCAAAAACCGCCAUCAAUUUCUUCAAUCGAUCUUAUAAUACAUACAAUUUACAAACCCCAGAAUCCCCAAUCUAAAAAUUCAGAAACAUGUCCUACUCCCAUUACUCUACAGGCAACACCACCUCCCCUUCUGCACCGCCGGUGCCGGAAAACCAAUCACAACCCGGCGUCGGUUACCCCUACCAACGUCCACCCCAAUCUCAACAAUCUAAUUACAAUUACAAUUACGGGCAGCCGCAGAACCCGACUAGUGCUGGUGGGUAUGGUUCGCAAUAUGGAUACGCGCCACCGACGCCAUCGUUUCCACCAGGUACUCACCCGGAAAUUAUCCGGAACUUUCAGAUGGUGGAUUCAGAUCGGAGCGGGUUUAUAGAUGCCAAAGAAUUGCAGCGGGCUUUAUCUUCUGGGUACCAGCAGUUUAGCCUUCGGACUAUCCGCCUGCUCAUUUUCCAAUUUGGGAAUCCCGCUGAUCCUCACCGAAUUGGUCCUAAAGAGUUUUCCGAGUUAUGGAAUUGUCUUGGGCAAUGGCGGGCUAUCUUUGAAAGAUUUGAUAGGGACAGAAGUGGAAAGAUUGAUGCAGCAGAAUUAAGAGAUGCUCUUUACAGUCUCGGAUAUGCAAUUCCACCGACUGUUCUUCAACUCUUGAUCGCAAAAUAUGAUGACCAAAGUGGGAGGAGACCCGAUCUUUCCUUUGACAGUUUUGUCGAGUGUGGAAUGAUUGUGAAGGGUUUGACAGAGAAGUUUAAGGAGAAGGAUACACGAUACACGGGUUCAGCCACUCUUUCAUAUGAGACUUUUAUGACUAUGGUGAUUCCAUUUCUUGCAGCUGAAUAAACAAAUAUGUAAAAGUAAAAAAGUUUGUGACUUUUUAGGUUCAUUUUUUUUUUUUUUUUGUGGAUUUGUUUGAGUAAAUCUUUUUGUUUGAGUAAAUCUAAGAUGUAAACAUGGGAAUGAGAUGAUUGUAGAUCUUGAAGCAAUUCAUGGGUUGUUAAAAGUGUA